AUGCAUAGAACUUAUUCUUUAAGAUCUUCAAGAGCUCCAACUGCUUCUCAAUUACAAGCACCUCCUCCGCCACCAUCAUCAACUAAAUCUAAAUUUUUUGGUAAAGGUUCAAUUAGUCAUUCAUUUAGAAAAAGUGCUGCUGGUGCUUUAGGACCAGAAUUAGCAAGAAAAUUAGCUAUAUUAAUUAAAAUGGAAAAAAAUUUAAUGAGAUCAGUUGAAAUUACUUCGAGAGAAAGAAAAGAUGUAGCAAAACAAUUAUCUUUAUGGGGUGAAGGUAAUGAUGAUGAUAUUAGUGAUAUUACUGAUAAAUUGGGUGUUUUAAUUUUUGAAGUUGGUGAAUUAGAAGAUCAAUUUAUUGAUAGAUAUGAUCAAUAUAGAAUUACUUUAAAAUCUAUUAGAGAUAUUGAAGGUAGUGUUGAACCAUCAAGACAAAGAAAACAAAAAAUUACUGAUUCAAUUGCUUAUUUAAAAUAUAAAGAUCCUCAAUCACCAAAAAUUAAUGUUUUAGAACAAGAAUUAGUUAGAGCAGAAGCUGAAUCAUUAGUUGCUGAAGCUCAAUUAUCAAAUAUUACAAGAGAAAAAUUAAAAACUGCUUUUAAUUAUCAAUUUGAUUCAAUUAGAGAACAUGCUGAAAAAAUUGCUUUAAUUGCUGGUUACGGUAAAGCUUUAUUAGAAUUAUUAGAUGAAAGUCCAGUUACUCCAGGUGAAACAAGACCAGCUUAUGAUGGUUAUGAAGCUUCAAAACAAAUUAUUAUUGAUGCUGAAAAUGCUUUAGGUUCUUGGACUUUUGAUUCAGCAGUUGUUAGACCAACUUUAUCAUUAGCUGCUCAUGAUGAAGAAGCUUAUGAUGAUGAUGAAUUAGCUAAUGAAGCUGAAAAUUUAAGAAUUGCUGAAAAAGAUUUUGAUAAUGCUGAAGCUGAUAUUGUUGAUCAUGCUUAA